GGUUAGAUGAAGCAGACACGACAGUUGGUACACUAGAAAAUAUUGAUGAACCAAACAACGAUGCUGCAGUCGAAGCUGUUAAAAUUCCUACGCCGGUUGUACCCAAAAAAAUGAAGAAGCAAAUAAUUGUUGAGAUGGAUGACGCCCUUCCGGAAGGUUUUAAGGAAACAACAGUCCUCGUGCAGGAUGUUCCUGGACGAGCUGAAGAUUCAGAGGUUGUUAUAGCGGCUGGAAAUGUCCCUUACAACCCCUUGGAGAAGGUUGAUGCUUCCAAAUUAGAGAUCUUAACCAAUGUCCUCCGCGGUUUUAAUGUGAAGCACACUCUUUUCGGGUAUCGCAAAGUGGACAACGAGUUUUUCUCCAUGCUUAUAGCACAAGGACAGUGGGUGGAUAAUAUGAUCUUGGAAAUGCUCGCAAUCUUGAUGUGGCACAAGAACGGUCAACAAAUGAUAGCAAACCGAUGCGUUGUUUUGGACUCCUUCCUGCUUUAUGAGCUUACUAAGCGUGCUGUCAGCUUCAGGAAUUGUAGAAAUAAGCAUGGGUUCAAAUGGGGCGACCGGCUAUACGACAUGGCCAAUGGAAUACACAUACACCGUGAACCUAGUCUUAGGUGGUUCAAGGAUGUCGACGUGGUAUAUGCUCCGAUGAACUGGAAAGGUGAUCAUUGGGUUGGGUUGGCAAUCCACCUCAGAGCCCGGAAUAUAGUUGUCUAUGACGCUCUCAUAGAACACACGCGGGAGUCUGUUGCAUGGUCAAAGAUGCAGCCUGUCUGCGAGAUGAUGCCGUACCUAGUGAGAGCGAUGUGCGCGGAUGUAUUGCCUGCGAAGUACUCAGUUGAACCUUUUGCCUAUGAGAGAAAUGUUAUGGUCGCUCAAAACCCAAGUACAGGAGAUUGCGGGCCUUACGCAAUGAAGUUCUUGGAGUUGCUGGCGUUUGGUAACCCAAUGUCAGACUUGGUGAAUAUUCAAGAAGCAGAUAUGGCCACCUACCGUCAGGUGUACGCAACAGAAAUCUACGAGCACGGCAAGCGCGAGUGUGGUAACCGGCGUUUAUUGUAAUCAUCCCUGGAUGUUGAAUUAUUUUUAUUUCCUAGUACUUAUUUCCUUAUUUCAACAACCUAAUUAGAACAACGUAAUUAAUUAUGGAGAUCCUCAAAAUAUUUAUGUAAUCGUUAUAACUAUCUUCUCUAAACAAUCUGCACAUCGUACACUUAUUCAAAAACCAA